GAUGCGGCCUUGCCGUGGUGACGCCGUCGGUGACGCAGUCCAAUGCCAUAAAUAGCCCUCGGUCGCACGAGGCGGACCAUGCUGCAUUUUCCCGCAGACGACAGGAGACUCCACAAACUCGAUCGAACCUGUACACACGGCCGUUGCUGGCGUACGCACGCAGUUUUAUCUUCUGCCACCCAGCUACCGAACUCAGAAGAAUGUCACACGAGUGUAACAACACAUCAGCUGAUGGUCUGCACGAGGAAAACGGAUUCGCUUGUCUGCCCGAUCCAGAUGUGGAACUGGAAGAAAAGCUGAGACGACUGACCAUGGUGAAACACCCAAGCCUGGGUCAAGGACCGGAGGGGCACGUAACCCCGAAAGGAGGAACCGCGAAUGGACCCAGCUUCGUGUUCGAAGACGGCAUCGUGAAGAAAAAGGUCCAAACGAGACCCUGCCUCGGAACCUGCUUUGACAGCAGACAUGGCCAAGCAUUAUAAAGCCAUCUUGCAGGACUUGGGCGAAGACACGAACCGACAGGGCCUGCUGAAAACCCCAGAAAGAGCAGCUAAAGCUCUUAUGUUCUUCACAAAGGGUUAUCAAGAAUCCAUAGCAGAUGUUUUGAAUGACGCUGUGUUUGACGAGGACCACGAUGAGAUGGUGAUAGUGAAAGACAUUGAAAUGUUCUCUUUAUGCGAACACCACCUUGUGCCUUUCAUGGGAAAGGUUUCCAUUGGCUAUCUACCUAACAACCGGAUUCUGGGUCUCAGCAAACUUGCCAGAAUUGUUGAAGUGUACAGUCGAAGGCUGCAGGUGCAAGAGCGCCUCACCAAACAGAUAGCAGUGGCCAUCACAGAGGCAGUGCAGCCAGCAGGCGUGGGCGUCGUUAUAGAAGCCUCGCACAUGUGUAUGGUGAUGCGAGGCGUACAGAAACUCAAGAGCAAAACUGUGACAAGCACUAUGCUGGGGGUCUUCCGGGACGACCCCAAGACCCGCGAGGAAUUCCUGACACUGAUAAGAACCAACUAAAGAACAUCGUCCGGGACCACGCGCGCCCUUGAUCUCUUCCACAACCACCACCACACCCCCUGCCCGCCAACAAACUGCUUCUGCUGAAGACACUUGCACAGCAUGCUGUACCCUCUCAGUUCUAGUCAUUUCAUGAAUAGCCUCCCCAGCAGGAUGUGGGGGUGCAGAGGUGGUGAAGAGUGUACAGCCUUGACCAGCGGGAGGCGCCACAACCUCACGGAGAGCUAUGGCGCAGAAUUUUAAAGGACUAAUGGAGUGUCAAACUUUUUCUUCGAAUGAUAGGGUAGACCUCAGUGCAAGAUAUUACUGUAAAUUUCGGAGUAGAAGCCGUGACCUCCCCUUCCCCCCAAGCUUUAAGCCCUGCGGCUUGUUUGAGGAUUUUUUUUUCGAUCCGAUUAAUGAGCUCCAUGUUACAAUAUUAAUUGCUGACGUUGUUAGUGUUAACUGUUCACAUUGUAAAAUCAAAGCCAUAUACAAUUAAAGCAUUCAGACCAUUUGAUCAAACACACACUCUCAUCAUGCCGAAAACGAGACGAAAUGUCUACAAUGCAGCUUUCAAGAUGAAGGCGAUUGACCUGACCAUUGACAAAACUGUAUAUAAUAUAUAUGCGGCUUAAAGACUAGUGCGGCUUGUUUGUGAAUAAAGUAACGACUUUUUUUUUUUUAAUUUAGUGGGUGCGGCUUAUAAACGGGUACGCUAAAUAGAUCAAAAUUUACGAUACUUUUCCAAAUCUGGGUGAAUAUCUUUUUCCCGUUAUAUACGCUUAUAUACAUAACCAUGAACAGAACGUGUGCGGACGUUUUGCCGACGGACGUUUCACCGCCGGGCGUUUCGGAGUCGGACGUUUUGUCGACUGGACGUUUCGCCGCUGGACGUUUCGGAGCCGGACGUUUUGCCGACCGGC